GAUCGGAGGUUAGGUAGGAUAGGAAAGAAGAUUUUUGAGGAAUCAUCUUGUUUCUGUCCAAAUAAUAAGUUAUUUUUUACACUUUUCUGCUAUAAUUUGUAUUAUUCUAGUGCUCCAAGACCAAGUUUAGUUGUUGCAGUGUUUAAAAUGUCUACACCUGCAAGGAGACGAUUAAUGCGUGAUUUUAAAAGACUUCAGGAGGAUCCACCUACAGGCGUAAGCGGAGCUCCUACAGACAACAAUAUCAUGAUCUGGAAUGCUGUAAUUUUUGGCCCUCAUGACACUCCUUUCGAAGAUGGUACUUUUAAAUUAACUAUUGAAUUUACUGAAGAAUAUCCUAAUAAACCACCCACAGUUAGAUUUGUUUCAAAAAUGUUUCAUCCAAAUGUAUACGCAGAUGGAGGAAUUUGCUUAGAUAUACUGCAAAAUAGAUGGAGUCCUACUUAUGAUGUUUCUGCAAUCCUAACAUCCAUCCAGUCAUUGCUGAGUGACCCUAAUCCUAAUUCACCGGCCAACUCCAUGGCAGCGCAAUUAUAUAAAGAAAACAGAAGAGAAUAUGAAAAACGAGUCAGAGCUUGUGUAGAACAAAGUUUUGUUGAUUAACCGUUACUAUUUCACUAUCAUUUUUUUUAUAAUUUAAUUUUUGUUUUUAAUUUUAAUUUUUAUUUUUUCCAUUAUUUUUUUUCUUUUUUUAAUAAUUUUUUUCUGUCUCACAUAAAAAAAAAAAUUAAAAUGAAAAAAUGAUCAAUGAAUAAUGGCAAAUCAAUUAGGCAGAUAAACGGAAAGGAAAAAUAAAAUAAAAACAUUAAAAUAAUUAGUACGUUCUCUUCUAGAUUGAAGAUGAAUUUUCACACAUUCUGAUUUUAUACCAAAAUCUGUACAUACACUGAAUAUAUUCCAAUCGUUUUUCUGUAUCAUGAUUCCCCUUCCUUUUUCUACUAUCUCCUUACAUACAUUAAAUUAUCUCUCUUUUGAUUUGCUAAGUAUUUACCUAUUCUUUUUGUAACUUUAAUUGUACAUGAUUAUAAGGAGUCCAUCUUCCCAAACAUUUUUCCCACAAAAUGUACAUGCAUGCAUGCAAGCUUCAUAUUCCCACAAAAUGUACAUGCAUGCAUGCAAGCUUCAUAUAGGUCAAGGAAUCAAAAUAUUGUUGGUGACAACCUAUUUUUCUUUACAGAUAAAUUUCAAUUUGUAAUGUCAAUCCAUUAGCUUUCUUGUAAUCUCUUUGAAGAUUCACUUGUAAACAGUAAUAUGUGUUGUUUCUUUGUUUUAAUUAUCCUUUAUUAAGGCAAGAAUUAAAAGUUGUCAGAAAGCUCCUGAAAUGUUUCUUAAUUUCUGUAACAGUCUGAGGUCUCUAAGAGAAAGAUAGGUCUUCUGCACUAAUGCAAUCUCCCAAAAAUGACAGCAGAAUUAACAAGGCAGAACUCAAUCAAGUAAGCCAAUAGUUUCAGCUUGAAUACUCAAAUUCCAACCAUUCGAUAUAGCUAUAGACGUAAAAAACUAUUCUGGCUACAUCCGUCUUAAGAACAGGUACAUUUUUUGUCAAACUAGCUCUCUGGUAAUGCCAUUUGAACAUGCUUGCAGAGAAGGAAGUUAAACCACCGAAAAAACUCUAUGGAAAUUCCAAUGCUAGAACUCAAAUGAAUAAAAUUAAUUUAGUUUUUAAUACUUAAGACUUCAAUUUGAAGAAUUUAAAUUUAAUUAAAAAAGUGAGUCGAAUAAUUGCUCUCAAUCUUGGUGCAGCAUCCUCUUCAACAACAUUUUGUCUUUCUAUGAGAAUUAUCUACCUCUCUAAAUCAUGCCUGUUACCUUGAAGGAUAAUGUUUGAAGUGGUCAUCAAGUUUACGAAGCAAGAUUGGGGUAUCACAAAAAAAAAAUAAUUUUCUCAAACUGAAAAAGAUCUAUUAGAUAUGUCAAAUUGAGAUCAUGUUCUGUGUUUAUUUCUGUUGAGGCUUCUUAAACAUAAUUCAUUCAUCACAUCAUGCUUCAUCAAGAAAGGCUGUCAAUUCUCAACAAAGAACAACAUUGUUGGAGGAAAAGGGUUGCUGCACAGAUUAGGUCCCCUCACUACUCAUGCUGUCAGUCCCUUCAAAGCUUAACUUUCCCUGAUUUAAGCUUUCUAACAAACUAAUUGGUAGCUGUAAAUUUUGAAAGGCCUCUCAUUUGCUCUCCAAAAUAUGUAGUAAGAAAUAUUGAGGGAUGAUAUAUCUAAAAUGUAUCAACGAUGUUUCUUCUUCAUCAUGAAUUUAUUUUCCUCUUUUAUGGCAAAAUUAAAAAACAAAGAAUUCUUGGAGUGAGGUUGAGUUUAAGUUUACUACGAUACCUAAGUACCUGCACUUAGUGCUUAAAUGUUUAUGAGUCUUAAACUUGAAACUAUCUCUCUCCUUCUCUUUUUUUCAUCUGUCAAAGAAUUCCCUUAAUUUAAAUGUGUAUAUUCAGGGAGAACAGGGAGGAAGGAAAUGAAUAACAUCCAUGUAGUUCAAGUUCAUUUUGAUCAGUUUAAUUUCAAAUUCUUGUCGCAUUAUUAUUUUUUUUCUUAAGAUUAGGUGUUUCAUUGUUAAUAAAUAUCAUGUAACUGUGUCCAUUCGCAAUAAAUUCUUGCAUCAAGAAUCUCA